AUGGUAGCUCCACUGUCCGGCACAAAUGACCGGCAUGAUGGCACAACUGACCGGCAUGAUGGCACAACUGACCGGCAUGAUGGCACAACUGACCGGCAUGACGGUACAACUGACCGGCAUGACGGUACAACUGACCGGCAUGACGGUACAACUGACCGGCAUGAUGGCACAACUGACCGGCAUGAUGGCACAACUGACCGGCAUGAUGGCACAACUGACCGGCAUGAUGGCACAACUGACCGGCAUGAUGGCACAACUGACCGGCAUGAUGGCACAACUGACCGGCAUGAUGGCACAACUGACCGGCAUGACGGUACAACUGACCGGCAUGAUGGCACCAUAACCCGGCACAACUGA